AUGUCACCAUUUACAACUUUACUUGGUGUUGUCAGCCUAGGCGCCUUGGCACUUGGCCAGGUUACCGUCGACACCACCUCCAAGCUGCAAAGAAUCGACGGAUUUGGCUUCUCUCAAGCUUUCGGGCGUGCCAAGGAGUUCCAGAACGCUCCCACGGCCCUUCAGAAGGAGGCUCUUGAUCUGCUUUUCAGCCCUACCAAAGGUGCCGGGUUCAGCAUCAUCCGCAAUCGCAUUGGUUCCGGCGGCAAAGGAGACAGCAUUCUUCCCACGAGUCCUGGAUCUCCUUCAGGCAAGCCGACUUAUACCUGGGACAACGAUGAUAGUGGUCAGAUCUGGUUUACGAAGCAAGCCGUCAGCUAUGGGGUGAAUCAAAUCUACGUUGACGCUUGGAGUGCUCCUGGAUUCAUGAAGACAAGUGGUAACGAAGCGACGGCGGGAUACUUAUGCGGCACAACCGGCCAUACCUGCUCCUCUGAGGAUUGGCGACAAGCCUACGCCGACUUCCUCGUGCAGUAUAUCAAGUACUACCAGCAAGCUGGACUCAAUGUUACCUACCUAGGCUUCCUCAACGAGCCCGACUUCUCCCCUGGAUACUCCCAGAUGCAAAUCAGCUUCAAUGCCCAGGAAGCCAUCUCUUCCAUCCCCACUCUGUCCAAGGCCGUUCAAUCUGCCGGUCUCAAGACCGCAGUCACUUGCUGUGAUGCUGUCGGCUGGGGCUCAACCGUCAAAUACACCAACGCUCUCGUUGCUGCUGGUAUGGAAUCCUACUUGGGCCUGAUCACCUCGCACACCUACUCAGGCGACGCCAACACCGCUCUCAACACUAAGCUGUCUUCCUGGGUUACCGAAUCCGGCAUCACGACAGCCUUUGACCUGACCUGGUAUAAGAAUGGAGGCGCCACCGAGGGAAUGACCUGGGCAAACAAGAUUGCCAUUGGCAUCAUCAAUGCCAACUUCUCAGCCUACCUCUAUUGUGAGGGCUUCGAACUCAAGCAGCUUCAGUCUGACUCCCACCUCAUCGAUACCCAGGAUGGCAAGACCGCGACGCCGUCGGCUAACUUUUGGGCAUUCGUCAUGUGGUCGCGGCACAUCCGACCCAGCGCGCAAAGAUUGCAGACGUCGGGCAUGGUGGCAUCCGACGUCUUGACUGCAGCAGUCAAAAACAAAGAUGAGUCUAUCGUCAUCAUCUUCACAAACAAUGACAGCGCUGCUAAGGCUGCCAGCGUCUCAUUCAAGGGGUUCACUCCCAAGGCUGCGAGCGCGUGGGUCACUGACAACAAUCACAAGUUCGCUUCCACAGCGGCCAGCAUCUUAGGCUCGGGGGUAUCCGUCUUUGUUCCUUCUAAGGGUGUCGUCACCGUUAAGUUAACCUGA